CUCCCGCCCGCGGCUCGGCUCAGCCACUCCGGCGCUUACUGCCCUGGCCGCCCGGACUGUGGCGCUUCGCCGGCGCACUCGGCGGGCGACAGGGCAGGUUCGGGACGUCCCUCUGUCCGUUCGUCCGUCCGUCUGGAGAGAAUUUCCAGAUCUGCGGCCCCGGGAUGGGGGCGGCCCCGCCGCCGCUACUGCUGGGGCUCUUCCUCCCUGCACUCUGGAGUAGAGCUAUCACUGAGGCGAGGGAAGAAGCCAAGCCCCACCUGACAUUCCCACGACCUUUGCCAAGGAGCCUGCAAGAUGACCACAUGCCACUUUCCUUCCCCCACACCAGCGAGCACCAGCCUGCCUUGAUGCUUUCACCAACCCAGCCUGGAAGACCAGAUGCUGGAGACACAGUCGUCCCCCAGGUGGCCUCUGCCGAGUCGAAGCUUCUCCCACCCAUUGCAUUUAAUCACACGGUUGGACACAUAGUGCUUUCUGAACAUAAGGAUGUCAAAUUUAAUUGCUCAAUCAAUGUACCUAAUAGGUACCAGGACACCACAAUUUCUUGGUGGAAAGAUGGGAAGGAAUUGCUUGGGGCACAUCACGCAGUUACACAGUUUUAUCCGGAUGAUGAAGUUACAGCAAUAAUCGCUUCCUUCAGCAUAACCAGCGUGCAGCGUUCUGACAAUGGGUCAUAUAUAUGUAAGAUGAAAAUAAAUAAUGAAGAGAUCGUAUCCGACCCCAUCUACAUCGAGGUACAAGGACUUCCUCACUUUACCAAGCAGCCCGAGAGCAUGAAUGUCACCAGAAACACAGCCUUCAACCUCACCUGUCAGGCUGUGGGCCCACCUGAGCCGGUCAACAUUUUUUGGGUUCAAAACAGCAGCCGUGUUAAUGAACAGCCUGAAAAAUCCCCCUCUGUUCUAACUGUUCCUGGUCUGACUGAGAUGGCAGUCUUCAGCUGUGAGGCCCACAAUGACAAGGGGCUGACGGUGUCCAAGGGCGUGCAGGUCAACAUCAAAGCAAUCCCCUCCCCGCCAACUGCGGUCUACGUGCACAACAGUACAGCACACAGCAUUCUGAUCUCCUGGGUCCCCGGUUUUGAUGGAUACUCCCCGUUCCGGAAUUGCAGCAUUCAGGUCAAGGAAGUCGAUCCGCUGAGUAAUGGCUCAGUCAUGAUUUUUAACACCUCUGCCUCGCCACAUCUGUACCGGAUCGAGCAGCUGCAAGCCCUGGCCAAUUACAGCAUCGGUGUUUCCUGCAUGAACGAAGUAGGCUGGUCCCCAGCCAGCCCUUGGGUUCUGGCCGGCACGACCGAAGGAGCCCCGUCAGCAGCCCCUUUAAACGUCACUGUGUCUCUGAAUGACUCUAGCAACGAUGUGGACGUCAGAUGGGUGCAGCCGCCAAUUAAGCGCCAGGAUGGGGAGCUGGUGGGCUACCGGAUCUCUCACGUGUGGCAGAGCGUGGGGACUUCCAAAGAGCUGUUUGAGGAAGUCGGCCACAAUGGCAGCCAUGCUCGGAUUUCUGUUCAAGUCCACAACGCCACGUGCACAGUGAGGAUUGCGGCCAUCACCAAAGGGGGUGUCGGGCCCUUCAGUGACCCAGUGCAGAUCUUUAUCCCCACUCGUGGUUGGGUAGAUUAUGCCCCUUCAUCAACUCCGGCGCCUGGCAACACAGAUCCUGUGCUCAUCAUCCUCGGCUGCUUUUGUGGAUUUAUUUUGAUUGGGUUGGUUUUAUAUAUCGCACUGGCCAUUAAAAAAAGAGUCCAGGAGACAAAGUUUGGGAACGCGUUCACAGAGGAGGAUUCUGAAUUAGUCGUAAACUAUAUACCAAAGAAGUCCUUCUGUCGGCGAGCCAUCGAACUUACCUUGCGGAGCUUGGGAGUCAGCGAGGAGCUACAAAAUAAACUAGAGGAUGUUGUGAUUGACAGGAAUCUUCUAGUUCUUGGAAAAAUUCUGGGCGAAGGAGAGUUUGGGUCUGUGAUGGAAGGAAAUCUUAAGCAGCAAGAUGGGACCUCUCAAAAAGUAGCAGUGAAGACCAUGAAAUUGGACAACUUUUCACAGCGGGAGAUCGAGGAGUUCCUCAGUGAGGCAGCAUGUAUGAAAGACUUCAGCCACCCAAAUGUCAUCCGACUUCUAGGCGUAUGUAUAGAAAUGAGCUCUCAAGGCAUCCCAAAGCCCAUGGUGAUUUUGCCCUUCAUGAAAUAUGGGGACCUGCAUACCUAUUUGCUGUACUCCCGACUGGAGACAGGACCAAAGCAUAUUCCUCUGCAGACACUACUGAAGUUCAUGGUGGAUAUCGCCCUGGGAAUGGAGUAUCUCAGCAACAGGAACUUUCUUCAUCGAGAUUUAGCUGCUCGAAACUGCAUGUUGCGAGAUGACAUGACUGUCUGUGUUGCGGACUUUGGCCUCUCCAAGAAGAUUUACAGCGGCGAUUACUACCGCCAAGGCCGCAUCGCUAAGAUGCCUGUAAAAUGGAUUGCCAUAGAGAGUCUUGCAGACCGAGUCUACACAAGUAAAAGUGACGUGUGGGCAUUUGGCGUGACCAUGUGGGAAAUCGCCACGCGGGGAAUGACUCCCUAUCCCGGGGUGCAGAACCAUGAGAUGUAUGACUAUCUUCUCCACGGCCACAGGCUGAAGCAGCCCGAGGACUGCCUGGAUGAGCUGUAUGAAAUAAUGUACUCUUGCUGGAGAGCUGAUCCCCUGGACCGACCUACCUUUUCAGUGUUGAGGCUGCAGCUAGAAAAGCUCUUGGAGAGUUUGCCUGAUGUUCAGGACAAAGCAGAUAUCAUUUACAUCAACACGCCGCUGCUGGAGAGCUCGGAGGGCCUGGCCGAGGGCUCUGUGCUCCCUCCGCUGGACAUGAACAUUGACCCCGACUCUAUAAUCACCUCCUGCACUCCCAGCGCUGCUAUCAGCGUGGUCACAGCAGAGGUUCAUGAGAACAGACCUCACGAAGGAAGGUACAUCCUGAACGGGGGCAGUGAGGAAUGGGAAGAGCUGGCUUCUGCCGCCUCUGCUGCAGUCACGGGUGAAAAGAACGGUGUUUUCCCGGAGGACAGACUUGUAAGGAAUGGGGUCUCCUGGUCCCUCUCUAGCACCCUGCCCUUGGGGAGCCCAUUGUCAGACGAACUUUUGUUUGCCGACGACUCCUCAGAAGGCUCAGAAGUCCUGAUGUGAGGAGAGCCGGGAGGAGGCAUUCCAGAAUCAAGUCCAUCCCUCUGCUUUAGGAGAAUCCAAUUAGGCCUGAUGUUUUUGGUAUUUGUUUUUCUUACCAAGUAACCUCCAUGGCCCCAAAGCACCAGAUGAAUGUUGUCGGGUAAGUCGUCAUUAAAAAUACAUAAUAUAUAUUUAUUUAAAGAGAAGAAACAUAUAUGUAUAUGGUGGAAAGAGAUGAGGAUAUUAUAUUUUAAUAAAAGAUGACUUAUUUCACUGAUCUUGCAGAUCUUAAAAUCUAAGCUUCAGCUGUUCUUUGAUACUAACAUUUGUGCAGAGUCAGUUAUUUUUUAAGUUUCUUUUAAGUCUUUUCAUGACUGUUAAAUGUAAAAUAUUUGUAAAAUGAAAUGCCCUAUUUGACUUGGCUCCUGGUCUUCAUGUAUUUGAUAAGAAUGAGUCACUUAAUAUUUAAAGUUUUAAAACUGAUUAAUUUUCUGAUGUGACUUCCUAAUAAAAUACGAAUGAAGAAGGACGUGUUGAACUUACUUGAGACCUGGAAAGACAGCAGUCGCUGGCAGCGUCAGUGCCUUUGCACAGGAAUUCUCCUAACACCCGGUCCUCAGUGCAAUUGCUCUCGCCAUUCUUGGCAUUAUUUUUUAGAGAGAUAGAAAAACCACUCCAGGAGUCCACAGAUGGGCAACAAGAAAUCUUAAAGGACUGAAAAAUACGAAGCAAGUAGGAAUAUGUAAGCUGUAAAGGAGAGUGUGGCAGUGAAGCCCUUCUCUGUUGGGAGGUGUGACUCACAGGUGGUAGGCAUGGGCAGGGGGCAGGCCACCACGGGCUGUGGGGCCGUGUGCACGUCCAGGCUUGGCCACUUUGUAACAGCUGUCGUUUGUUGAGCAGUUGUUAUGUUUCAAGAACUUUAUGUAAACUGUCUUAUUUGAUCUGUAUGUCAUUAUAUUAAUGCCACGGGUACCAGCACCAUUGUCACAUGUGGGCAAGGAAACUGAGGCUUUGAGAGACUGAAUAACCUGGUUAUGGCCCACAUCUAGAGAGUGGGGCAGCUGGAAUUUAGAAUGUCUGAUUCUGGCUGGCUGUAAGCAUGUGAUUUAGGGGUCUACUCCAGGACCUCUCGGCAUUUUAAUUUUUAUGUAAUAAACAUUUAACACUUG